AGACUCUCCCCGUUUCUUUUUGUGUGCUUUUACGGUUGAGUGAGCGAGUGAGUGUAUGGCUAUUUUGUGUGUUGCACAAAACGUCUUACGAAGUCGAAUUAUUAAACUGUGGAUUGUACCAAUCUAUACGUGAAUGUAUUUUUAUUUUUUUUAUAGAAUAAUUAAUUUUUAUUAUUGAAAAAUAACGGAACAAAAGAAAUAAAGACAAAUAGUGCAAACGUCAAAGCGAAGAAGAAAUAUCAGAAAAAUACGUGUAAAAAUAUUCUCGAACUAAACUAAUAAUCACUUCCGCUCGUCGUCGUUGUUCCAAAAGAAAGGCAAACAACAAAAGAAACUAAAAGCGUAAAUUAAGUUUUCGUCGUCGCGAAGAAGCAGAUUUUGCUCUUGAAGUCUUUUUUAAUAGAAACAAUAAAAAAUAUAAUAAAAUAUAUUUUUGAUACUUUUGUAAAAAUAGCAAAAAAAAAAAAUUAAAACGACAUAGCAAAUAUUCCACACAAACAAAAUGGUUGAUCGUUUGGUAAAUUCCGAAGCCAACACCAGGCGUAUUGCCACAGUGGAAAAUUGUUUUGGCGGUGCAGGUGUGCCACUGGCCAUACCUGGCCGUGUCUUGGUGGGGGAGGGUGUCUUAACCAAAAUGUGCCGCAAACGACCAAAAUCACGCCAGUUUUUCUUGUUCAAUGAUAUUCUGGUCUAUGGCAAUAUUGUUAUUGGCAAAAAGAAAUACAACAAACAACACAUAAUGCCUUUGGAAGAGGUUUCAUUGGAGGACAUUGACGAUUGUCCCCAAUAUCGCAAUGGCUGGCUGAUACGCACCACCACCAAAUCGUUUAUUGUGUGUGCGGCCACCGAGACGGAAAAGAAAGAAUGGAUGGCCCAUAUCAACAAGUGUGUUGAGGACUUGCUAAAGAAAUCGGGUAAAAAGCCUGUGGAAAAGCAUGCUGCCGUAUGGGUGCCCGAUGCAGAGGCCACCGUCUGCAUGCAUUGCAAGAAGACGCAGUUUACAAUGAUUGUACGACGUCACCAUUGUCGUAAUUGUGGCGCCGUCGUCUGCGGACCAUGUUCAUCCAAGAAAUUCCUUUUGCCCCAACAAAGUUCCAAGCCCCAAAGGGUGUGCACUAGCUGUUACGAACGUUUGAGUAAUGCUGUCAAGCAGGAGUCGGCCAAGAUAUCAUCGAAUUCACUGAACACAACUACAGCAACAGCCAACAACAAAGAUACACACAAUAAUGCCAAUAAUGAAUCAUCUGGCGAUGAUGAUUCCGAAGAUGAGACCAACGGUAGCGGCAACGAACAGCAUGAUGAGCCCAAAUUCUAUGGAGAUAGCAGUAUUUUAUCGACAACAGAGACCAAUAAUACAGCCCAUGUAAAUUCUAGUCAUAAUUGAUAUUUAAAGAAAAGCCGGGAAAGAGCCGGAGGAGGAGGUGCGGGAGUGGGACCAGCAAAAGGAUCAGUUGGCGGAGGAGGAGAUGAUAGUUGGGUGUGGGUGGUGAGAAAAACAAAAUGAGAAUAGCAUAUUUGAUCAGCAGCAGCAACAGUAGCAGGAUUACAGAAAACACAAGAAACCCCAGCAAAUAGGAGGUGGAGGAGUGACGGAAGAUAUAAUACGAUAGAUGAACGUUUAACGUUGCAGUUGUUAAUAUUUCUAUUUCUAGCAUCAACAAUAACAAAAAAACAAA